AGCAGCUUCCAGAUGUCCCAGCAGGCUUCAGCCACGGGCAGUAUCAGCAUAGAAGAGAUAGACCUGGAGGGCAAAUACGUCCAACUGAAGAACAACUCGGAGAAGGAUCAGUCUUUGGGUAACUGGAGACUUAAAAGACAAAUUGGAGAUGGAGAAGAAAUUGCUUACAAAUUUACUCCUAAGUAUGUCCUCAGAGCUGGGCAGACUGUAACAAUCUGGGGUGCAGAUGCAGGAGUAUCUCACAGCCCCCCUUCUGUUCUGGUGUGGAAGAAUCAGGGCAGCUGGGGCACUGGAGGAAACAUCCGCACAUACCUCGUGAACUCUGAAGGAGAGGAAGUUGCAGUGAGAAGUGUUACUAAGUCAGUAGUUGUGCGAGAGAAUGAGGAGGAGGAGGAUGAAGCAGACUUUGGAGAGGAAGACCUUUUCAACCAGCAG